GUUGAAGGUAACCAACAACUACACGGCUGUUGUACCGCGACGAUCACGAUGUCGGUUGUUCUAUCACGAAUAGUUACGCUAACUGCAGGAACCUUAUAUCCAGCUUAUAGGAGUUACAAGGCUGUUCGAACGAAGGAUGUACGAGAAUAUGUAAAAUGGAUGAUGUAUUGGAUAGUUUUUGCGCUAUACACCUUCAUAGAAACUCUUGCCGAUAUCUUUAUCUCAUUCUGGUUCCCCUUCUAUUACCAACUGAAAAUCGUCUUCGUAUUUUGGUUACUCAGUCCGUGGACCAAAGGAGCUUCAAUAUUAUAUCGGAAGUGGAUCCACCCUACACUUUCCAAACACGAACAAGAAAUUGACGCUCUCCUUGAACAAGCGAAAUCUGAGAGCUACAAUCAACUAGUUCGUCUGGGCAGUCGAAGCUUAUUAUGUGCACGAGACAUAGUUGCUGAAGCAGCCCUACGUGGACAAGCUCAGUUGGUCAAUCAGCUGCAGAGGUCUUAUAGUGCAAAUGACGUGAAUCUAGAGCGUAUAGAAUCUCCUCGAAAACGUAUACAGGUAGAAGGCAUCCAAGAAUUAGAGGACGAGAAUAGUGAGAAUGGGUCGGAUGACCAACAAUCAGGAGACGAAGGAGCGCCCCGUCGACGUACAAAUCGUUCUCGAUCUCGGUCGCGUCCGCUUGAAGGAGGCGAGAACACAUACAACACAAUGCCUCGGAGAAGUGCACGUAGACAUUUUUACUUCGAAGUGAAGUUUGAUUAUGCCGUGAAUCGUUGUACCACCGCAAAGUUAAACUGUGCUCACCAUAGCCAGUAA